GCUGCCACAGGAAGUGCCUCGUUCUGGGAGGCAAGAUUGACAGGUACCGGAUUCGCUUCGUCGCCAUUUUCCUGGGGCUUGUUUUUGUGGCGUAGCUGAUUCCUUUCUCCUAAUUUUGAAGCCACAAUCCAGAUCUCUGGAAAUAGAUCCACUGCUGCAAUCAGAAGUAAUCGUUUCACACAUCGGGAUGUUUCCCUUGGCCCGAUACGCACUAAACCGUCUCAAGACUCAAAGCAUUCGACAAGUUGUGGCAAGACAGGGCCACCAGAAGCCCUCAUCGGAUUUUCAUGACAAAUAUGGCAAUAUGAUGCUAAUUAGUGGAUCCACUUUCUGUUUUCUUGGAUAUGUGAUUUAUAUCACACAGAUGGGGGUAGAAUGGAACCUGUCUCCUGUUGGCAGAGUUACCCCAAAAGAGUGGAAGGAUAAGUAAUUGUCUCAGAUACCAUAAUGCAGAAGUGUCUCAAAACAAACUUGUCAUGGAAAUGUUCUGUUAAUUAAAUAUAGCAUAACAAAAGAAAUAAAAUUCAUUUAAAAGUACUAACAA